AUGGACACAGGUAUGAACGAGAAACAGGGUGGAGACUAUCUAACGAGCCAUGGCGGUGACGAGGUCUUAAGUGGUCAUCUGAAGCUCGACCCGAACGGUUAUCCUCUGCAGCCACGACCUUCGGACGACUCUCUAGAGAAAGAUCCCUUGAACUGGAAGAAAAGCUACAAGCUCUAUGUGCUCCUACAAGUCGCCCUACUAUCCCUCCUCAAUUUCUUCGGCCAGGCUGUCACUAAUCCAGCCUUCGGCCUUCUGGCCAAAGAUCUACACAUCACCAUCACAGAAGCUUCCUGGACAACAACGAUUGCCAUCCUCUCGUGCGCAGUUUCCGGCCUGGUACUCGCGCCCCUAGCCAACAUCCAUGGCAGGCGACCGGUAUACAUUUACUCCACGGUGAUCGCGAUCAUUGCCAGUGCGGGCUCAGCUGUCGCGACCAGGUUCGGGCCACUACUCAUCGCUAGAUUCUUCGUUGGGAUCGGGACAGCAUCCGGAGCAGGUAUAGGAGCGUCCUGCGUGGCGGACUUAUAUUGCCAGCAUGAACGCGGCCGAUAUAUGGGUAUCUACAUCGUUCUGCUUACCAAUGGUGCUCAUCUCGCGGGCGUAGUCGGAGGCUUCAUCGCGCAAUACGAAGGCUGGCGCUGGUCGUACUGGAUUACCACGAUCGCCUUCGGUGUCAUGUGGCUGGUGAAUUUCUUCACGUUGCCGGAAACACUGUAUCGCCGCGAUCCGAUGACAGGCCAGUCCAAGGAGGAUACGAAAGACGUCAAGGCGCUCUUCAGCCUCCGAGGCGUACCCACCGAGCAGCGGUUGACCUUGCAUCAUCUCCUGCAUCUGCUCGAGAUGCUCAAGUAUCCUUCAGUCUCCCUAGUGCUUAUCUACUACAGUGUGAGCCAAGGCAUCGGCAGCUUGCUUUUCGCAAUCUCGGGAGCAGCAGCUUAUGGGUCCAUUUACAACUUCUCCGUCUCCCAGAUCGGUUUGGCCAUCGGCGUACCAACUCUCGUUGGGUCAGCGCUCGGCGAACUUAUGGGAGGCGGCAUAAGCGAUUACAUCUUCCAUCUAGGGAGAAGACGGCAGCACCAUGGAGAGCCGGAGGCCGAGACAAGACUUUGGUGCAUCGUCCCUGGCGCUUUCUUGCUGCCAGCUGGUGUGAUCAUUGAGGGUGUGUGUCUCCAGUGCCGCACACACUGGUCAGGGCCAGUCAUUGGAAUCGGCAUAGGCUCUUUCGGCUUGCAGGUCGUGUCCACGAAUGUUUAUGCGUAUUUGACGGAUUGCUAUAAGCCGCAAUCUGCUGAGCUCUCGACGCUGCUCAACUUCGGCAGACUGAUCUUCUCGUUCACACUUGGCUUUUACAUGGUACCAUUCGCCAAAGCGACAACCUGGGGCGCCGCUUUUGGGACCAUGGCUGCCAUCGAUGUUGUCCUAUUCGCAGGGAUCGUGGCUCUGAUCCUUCGAGGGAAGGCAUGGAGAGCUAAGCUUGGACAGCCUGCGUUCGACCAGGACUUGUGA